AUGAACGACCAGCCGCCUCCGCCUCCACCACAUGGCGGCCAUGGCGGCGCUCCGAGGUCUGGAGGUCUACCGCCAGGGAAGUACGAUAUUUUCGUGAUACCGGAGCACUCAGCGGGCUCGGGAUUCCUGUACUUGCCGUCGUUACAGCCGAAUAUCAAUAGCUUCGUCGCGGGAUUCGCCUCGGCCCUGAUCAUGGUGGUCCUUGGACAAAGUAUGGCACCAGCUUUUCGAAAUUGGUGGGACAGUUUCCAAGGGCUGGGCAAUGUGGGCAUCGCAAUGCUGAUUGUUGGCGUUGGCUUCGGUGCCUGGGCACUGGGUAGGACCCAGACAGAUGGGGGAUCUCCAUUUGGAUCCGGAUUCAAACACAAACCGAGUGCGUCCAGCGGUGGCCCAGGCGCAGGGGGCUUCGGAGGCUACUCAGGUACCUCAGCUGGUGCUGAGGGCCCUCCGCCGCCACCGCCCCCUCAUGGGAACAGCCCCAAGGGUAGUCACAACCAGAAUGGCGGUCCUAGCGGCGGCCCUCCACCGCACGGUGCUCGACAUCAUGCCGACGACUAUUGGUCUCAACCGAACACGCCUCCCCCCCGGCAUGGACCGCCACCUCCACGACAAGAAGCACCUCGACAGGAGGCGCCACCUCCACCUCCACCCCGAGAACCAACACCCCCUCCUCCUCCUCCUCCUCCGCCGCCGCCACGAGAGCCAACACCACCGCCGCCUCCGCCUCCUCCGCCUCAAGAAGAGAAGGCAGCACCCAAGCCAGCCCCCAAGCCAGCUCAACCAGAGCCAAAGAAGGCGCCCCCACCACCUGAGCCCAAGAAACCGGAGACGCCCAAGCCGGAGCCGAAGAAACCAGAUCCGAAGAGCUCGUGGGAGAAGGCUCGAGAGCAAACCAAGGCAAACUGGGAAAAGGCCCGUGAAGAAGCUCGCAAAAAGGAAGAAGAACGGAAGGCCAAGGAAGCGGAGCAAAAACGCAAGGAAGAAACUGCAAGACGACUGGCCGAGCUACGGGCAAAGGAGGCCAAGGAACGUCAGGCCCGCGAACUGGAGAAGCAGAGGAAGGAAAGGGAAGCCAAGGAGAGAGAGGAGCGUGUCAAAGCAGAACAGAGAGCCAAGGAGCUGACGGAAAAGCUCGAACGUGAACGCAAAGAGCGUGAGCGCCUAGAGAAAGAAUUCAAGGAACGAGAGGAGAGAGAAAAGGCAGAGAAGGCAAAGCAAGAGAAAGAGAAAGAGAAACAGGCAGCGGAGGCCAAGUCCGAGAGACAGGGUAGCAGCUAUGCGUUCUCGGGUGUCGGAGAGAAGAUGAGCAUGUGGCCCAACGGUCGACCUUCCAUGCCCAAGCCGUCGCCUGCGCCAUCCGCGACUUCGUCCAGGGCGCCGCCUAGCCCUGAGAAGAAGCCGCCGCCAUCAUCUGCGAAAUCAUACAUGAGUGAGGAGACACACUCAUAUCGACCUUACGACAAGCCGAAGCAUACACCGCGGAAGAAGUCGGGGUCGUCCUUCGUCGGCUCCGAGUCCUCCUUUGCACCCUCGCACACAACGGCUCGCACGUCGCCUCCGCCCUCGAUGAGAGGUCCGUACUCCACCAAGGACCCUGACAAGAUUGUUGUGUCCGCCGUGUACCUCUUCAUGAACCAAUUCGCGAAAACGCCUGCCAGUCAGCUCAUAUCUGGUUUUGGCUCGGUCACCGACGGCCUCAUUCUCCGCAUCACAACCGAAGGACUCUUUAUCGACGACGACCUCCGAGGCGUUCCGCAGCGUGAAUGGGACGUCAAGGCGUGGACCCUGGGAUGCAUCGAGACCGGUAAAUGGGAGGCCAAAGGCCUGCACGUACUGCGCGCUUCGUUGCGCGACAAGGAAACCAAGAGGUAUCUGUUUGUGAUGGACAGCGCGGAGGCCGGAAAGAUGCAUGCUGGCAUCUCACGGCUGCGCAAGGGCAGACAGGUGCGCUCCAUGGAGGUCAAGGAGAUGUCGACGGGCGAAGCCCGCAAGACGAUUGAGAUGCUCGGCUGGGUUUGA